AUGGCAGAAUGGAAUAAAAAUGUGAAAUUAUUACGAAUUUUAAAUGAUAAUCAUGAAUUGAAAUUUGUAGCUAUUGAAGGUGAAGUAGAAGCAAAAGAUGGUGAAACAAAAUCAGCAGUACUUCUUUUUGAAAAAACACCAUUUCAAUUUGAUGAUGUUACAAAAUUAAUGAAAGGUGAUGAACAACAAUUUAAAGUUGAUUUUAUCAAUGAUAUUUAUCAUAAAUAUACAGUUGAAGCACAAUCAGCAUGCAAUGAUAUUAAAUUAGCAUUUAUUCAUCCUGCUACACCAGCACAUAUUAAAAAAUAUUCCAAGAAAGAAUUUUCUCUUAUCAGUGAAACUUAUCAUCUUUAUGAAACAAUUGUUCGACCAUAUAUUGAAAAAAAUCAACUUGAUGCACAAUGGGUUUAUAAUAUAAUUGAUGGCAAAUCGGAACGUGAACGAAUCUUAGUAGAAACAGAUGAAUUUAUUAUUUUACCGGAUAUAAUGUGGGAUGGAAAAGCAAUUGAUUCAUUACAUAUAUUAGGUCUUGUUAAAUCACGUGAUAUUCAUAGUAUACGAGAUUUAAAACCUAAACAUAUACCAUUACUUGAAUCUUUUCUUGAAAAAACAAUAAAUUUUAUUUCGACUAAAUAUGGUAUUUCAACGACAAAGAUUCGUGCAUUUUUUCAUUAUCCACCAACAUUCUAUCAUUUACAUGUUCAUUUUACAACAUUAGAAAAUACGAAAUGUGGUUGUGAAAUUGAACGAGGACAUCUUGUACAAGAUGUUAUUGAUAAUUUGAAAUUAUUAAAUAAUUAUUAUCAAACAAAAACAUUAUAUUAUAAAGUUGCUAUUAAUGAUCCACUUUAUAAACUUUUAGAAGAAAAUCAAUCAACACAACAUACAAAAUAA